AUGGUGGAUGACUCGGGGUUGAGCUUCAAAAUUGUGGACGAGGAUAGCGUACAGAGGUUCAUCAAAAGUGCAGCCUACAACGAGUUGAUUGACUUCAUUACGCAUUUAAACAAUUCCGUAGUGGCGGUGGAGAUGCAUCCCUUGGAUCAUUUCUACGCACGAGAAGACAGGCGCGAAGGAGUAGCCACCCCCAUUGACCAAGUCGACAACAUCCUCAUAAUUUCACGCAACGUACAAAAUGUACUUACUCUCAUAAAAAGCAUGAACAAGUAUAUAGAUCUAUGCCCCCCCAUAAAACAACCGACUCGAUUUGGUAAUAAAGGUUUUCAAAAUUUUUGUGAUGAGUAUUACAAAGAGAUUGAUGAAAAAUUACCAACCAUUUUAAGCCAGUCUGGAUUACAGAACCUAUCCGAACAUAUCUUCCAGUUGAGUUACUAUUUAAAAAACUCCAUAGGGAAUAGAAAGCGAAUUGAUUAUGGCACAGGGCAUGAAUUGAAUUUUCUGCUCUUUCUCUUUUGCCUGAACAAGUUGCAUUUUUUUGGCCCCCCUGACCACAAGCAUCUCGUCCUCGUUCUCUACCGGCAGUACCUCGAAUGCGUGAGAAGAAUCCAAAUCACCUACACCGUGGAGCCAGCAGGGAGCAGAGGCGCCUGGGGGUUGGACGACUUCCAAUUUUUAGUUUUUCUCUUUGGCGCUGCUCAGUUAUCGUACAACACACAGAUAAAGACGGAUGAUAUAGAGAAGAAGGAAUUGCUGGAAUUGUGGGCACCAAAGUACCUUUAUUUUGACGCGCUGAAAUACAUUUCAAUGUUGAAGCACGCCCCCUUUCACGAAUCCUCCCAAAUGUUGUACGACAUUUCGGGUGUGGAGACAUGGGAGAAGAUUUGCUCGGGAUUGUUGAAGAUGUACCAAGCAGAGAUCAUCCAGAAGCGGCAAAUCCUACAGCACAUUUUAUUCGGCAAACUGAUUGAUUUUUAA